UAGAAAACAAACUAACUUUGUAAGAUCGCCUCCCCGUGACUCAGCACAUUUAGGCUUUAUAAACGCCCUUUGUGCCGAUCUGUUCAUUGCGCUCUUCACUGCUGCCAGCGUCACAUGACCGCAAGUCCUUUUAUGUAACCUGACCUACUUGAGCUAGCCUUCCCAGUUACUACGUCGCUUCAGCCGGAUUCCCUACCAUGCCUCCAUACACCAUCACUUACUUUGCCGUCAGAGGCCGCUGUGGAGCCAUGAGGAUCAUGCUGGCUGACCAGGACCAGACCUGGAAAGAGAAUGUGGUCACAUUUGAUGACUGGGUCAAAGGAGACCUGAAAGCCACAUGUGUGUUUGGCCAGUUGCCUAAGUUUGAGGAUGGAGACUUGGCCUUAUAUCAGUCUAAUGCCAUUCUGAGACACUUGGGUCGCAAUCAUGGAGCGUAUGGGAACGACAACAGGGAGGCCAGCCUGAUUGAUAUGAUGAACGAUGGUGUUGAAGACCUACGUCUCAAAUAUGUGAAGCUUAUUUACCAAGAAUAUGACAGUGGGAAAGAGGCAUACAUUAAAGAUCUGCCAAACCACUUGUCCAAAUUUGAAGCAGCCAUGGCCAAAAACAACACUGGCUUUCUGGUUGGGAACAAGGUUUCAUUCGCAGACUACAGCCUGUUGGAUGUUCUGCUCAACCACUUGGUCCUGAGUCCGACCUGCCUGGACACUUUCCCUACCCUCAAGAGCUUUGUGGAGAAGAUGUCGGCACGCCCCAAAAUCAAGGCCUUCCUUGAUUCAGACGCGCACAAGCAGCUACCGAUCAACGGCAAUGGCAAACAAUGAAUCCCUACACAUAAGCAAAUUCAUUAUAUAGGUCUCUGUCCUCGUCUAUGUAAUGUCUUGAAUCAUGGGGAUGAUUGCACUUUGAUUGCACACUGACUGUAAACAAUCAUGGUUCUGUUUCUAUGUAACCUUUUAUUACCUGGGUACAUUUAAAAAAAAAAAAAAAAGAAAAAAGAAAAAAAAAAGAAAAUAAUAAUAAAAA